GGUCUCUUUUUUCAAAUAGCUCAAUCAAUCGAAAACACAAGCAAUAAUACAUAAUACUUCUACUCGUACUUGUCGACAAUCGAGAGACAAUGCCCAGCCUAGAAACGACAACAAGUACUAAGAUCAUAGAAGGUGACCAAACCCAAACAAUGCUUCCAAUGGAGGUAGAUGGCAGUGAGAAUGACCCCUGCGAUCCCAAGGAAGAAGGCUUUCUGGAUGAGUACACGGAAGAAGAUGAUGAAAUCGGGUCGCCAUCUCUACUGAAUAGAGUUUCAGCAUCAAAGCUUAAUCAAAAAGGAACCGUGGCAAUCCUGCAAAAAAAAAGGUAUUUUUUUCUCUUAUCAAUCGGUGUAGUCAUCACUGCAUCGUUGCUUUCUCCAGUUCUAUUCUACGCAAGGACGCGAAGGCCGGUCCUUCGCCUCAACCUCGUUGGCGAUGAGUUUUCCCAGGACGGUUCCAACACCCAAAGMUUCAAAAUCAUGCAAAUUACCGACAUCCACCUAGGAGAAGCGGAAGACACAGACUGGGGUCCGCGACAGGACGAAAAAACCUUUGCCCUCUUGGAAAAAAUCUUUGAUUACGAACCUGAUUGCGACCUCCUUGUUUUGGGAGGAGAUCAGCUCACGGCAAACAACUGUCAGGGCAACUGCACCGAAUACUACGAAAUUCUUGGGAACUUUCUGUCCAMGCGAGGCGUGCCUUGGGCCACAAUCAUGGGAAAUCACGAUGACAUGGAUUUCUAUGUCAACGAAACACUCUCGAUUCCACAUCCCGACACCCUCCGUCGAGACUUGUUGCGCGUCGACCARCAUUUUCCGUUGUCCUUGUCGCAAGCUAGUGCAAAAGGAGAGCUAUCGGGAGUCACCAACUACGUAUUGGAUGUUCUGGAUUACACCACGGGCCAACCCGCUCUCCAAAUUUUCUUUCUUGAUAGUGGUGGUGGCUACGUCGCUCGGGAGGCUAUUUACGAUGACCAAAUCCAGUGGUUUCGGCAACAGGCAUCGUUGGCAGAUGUUCCGGCUGUGCUCUUCCAGCACAUCCCAACUUCACAGCACGAAUACGUAGAUGGAUCCUGCUUUGGUUACCAAGGAGAAGGAGUAGCAGAGCUAGAAUACGAUGCUGGAAUCGCCGACGCUAUGAUAGAAACAGGAAGGUUCCAUUUUUUGGCGGUGGGUCACAACCACGGCAAUGACUAUUGCUGUUCUUAUCAUUCCAAUAAUAAUGACAACCAAAAUAGGAAUACCGAAGAUCUUUACUUGUGCUUUGGGAGACAUAGCGGGUACGGUGGAUACGGAAAAUGGGAUCGUGGUGUCAGAAUAUACGAGUUGUCUUUAACUACUAGCGACGACGAUGGGCGAAGCGACACAGAAAAACAAUUCCAAUGGAGGACAUGGGUAAGUGACAGGUGGGAUUCGUACUCUUUCUACUCAUGACCACUCAAAACUAGAUCGCACAAAUCAUGAAGCCGGGAGGGUAACAAGAUGGUUCGGAUUGGUUUUUCUUUUAGGUUGUGUUCAGCCUAUGUCUCAACUAUUCCUUUCAUCAUUUACAAUCCAUGGCAGGUGCGCUUAGAAUCGGGCGAAAAGGUUGACUUUAUGGAUUAUGACCACGUCAAUACAGGACAAAACGACUGAUACUCAUUAUAGACACGGACCGCUAUUUUUUCCCUAUUUCGGAGAAACUUWAGCAGACUCGUGAAUUCUAAGUCUAGACCGUACCUCAUAUCACAUUGGCACAUAAGCACUUCGACACGAACMCAAAAGCCGCAAGGCGCCAUUCAAUUUCCUCGAUGUGAAUGCACCUUCACUUCAACAGUAGCGAAUUGUCACGGUUAGCUCCUCGUUCGUGGGAGGCAAUUACUAUCGCUGUUUCUAAAAAAGUACUAUUCAGCAGCCAAGAAGCAUGUACAUAAAAUGAUGUACUUCACAGCUGGCUUUGAUCGAAAUUGAUUGUGAUGCAAGUCAAUCAAAAGCGUGAUAUACCUCGGGAUAACAGGUGGAGCCCUUCGCAUAAUAUCACGAUUUCUUCACCUUUCGUGGCGAAUAUGUAAACCUCUGACUGAAUGAGAGGAAAUCACAUCUMGUGGUUUUUAGUAGCUCAUCAUGUUUCUUUUGUUUUYGGUAUUGUCGGUGCUGAUGCUGUAGCAAGUCACGAGGGUUAUCACUCGAUCUACCAAUUAUUUUACUUUCUUCCGAUCUUGCGGUUUCCUCACCAAGUGGCGACGUUGUUAUUUGAAUUUUCCCCUGACCAGUAGAAUCAAUAUCGCUGUUCUCAUAUUCUUKCCGACUCAUUCGACUUCUGCUCGUAGGUAAUUCCAUACCACYCAUCCUAUCAAUGGUGCUUCUACCAAGAGAAUAUCCUGCWUUGUUCGGCAUGGCAUGUACCGAGUGAGAAGAAGGGCAUUCGGUAAAACAUGAUGCUAGACUUCGUUCAYUUUCACCUGUCGUGAUCUUUUCCAGGAAUGAGCUUCCCUGAAUACUGAUAGUAGAACGAUUCGUAACUUCAUGUACAUCACCCAUCGUAGUGCCCAAGCCAUUCACCAAAUCAACACCUGAAGGCCCAUGACCAGCGGUAGUAGUAAAGCUACAAGCAUACGGUGGAUUCCGCUGCGUAUCAUUCGCUGCGUUUUUUUUCCUAAACUCCCACGCAAACCCAAUGGUUUCUAGUUGAGUUAUUCGAUAUUGUGUCAUCGAAUUCUGUUCUCCGUCUUGGUGCUUUUUAUAAAUUUGACGUUGCCGUUUGAUCCACACUGCUAGUGGGGGAUUGGCUUCAUAGUUGGUUGGGACGUUGCAAUGACCAUGAAUCCGUUUGAACUCAAGAAGCUCUUGUAGGCGUUCUUCCCACACAGCAUCAUGGCUAUUCCAUAUGAAACCUAUSUUGUUAAGGAGGCAAAUGCGUUCGUCAGAAAGGCCACUCCUCUUUCCUUCGAGUUUAAGCUUGUAUUGGUAUCGCUGUCGCUUCACCCAUUGCGCCAAAUUUUCAUGCUCGAGGCAGCGGUGGGUAACAUGACAGUGUCCGUGAGCACGUCGAAAUGCACAUAGCUCUUCAAACUUUUCGCUCCAAAGCUCGGCCUGGUACCCUCUAAACCGGACUCCUCUAACCGACUCUAGUGACAGUGAUGACCGAUCCUUCAUUCCCGGAGAAUAUCCUCGUACAAUCCCGCAUUUUAGUUGCUGCUCUUUGUGGUCCGUUUGUAAACCGAGUUUCGUUGAGGCUACUGAUAGCUGUUGCUCUUCGCCGCUCAAUGAACACAUGGUUCUUUGUCGUUUCUUCGCUCUGGACGAUUGAAGGUCAGAAAUGCUCCCAGUACGUAACAUGGUUGAAGGCAACCCAUACUUCGAGGUCGGAAGAACAGAAGCAUGUGCUUCUGAAAAGUUAGGAACACCGAGACAUAUCCUUCGCGGCCCACUACUCGCAUUCAUCCCGCCAUGACAUUCUUGAAAAUCUGCUCUGAUCACAGGAUUCUUGUCCGUGGCAUCUAGCUUUUGUUGAGACRCUGCCUCCGCAAUGGCCGCAAAUUGAGCCAAUUUCGCUUCAUUAUUUGAGAACGUUCCCGCGCCUUCUGGAUGAAUCAUCGUAUUGUCCCAAAGUUCCAUAACUUAUCC